CUCUGUUUCCCUCUCCUGCGUCCUCUCACAGGCACCUGCUGCUGCUGGGGUUGGAAAGAAACAUUCCUGAUGGAGACCUUGAAUUCUGAGAAGAUUUAAAACCAAGAAGUUUGGAGAUCAAGCAUGGAUUGUAAGGCUGAGGAGAAAAGAAAGCAGCGUCAUGGCUUGAUUUUAUUUGAACAAGUAAAGAGAAUGAAAGAAUCAACAGAGAUAAUUGAUGUUGUGCUAGUUGCAGAAGGGGAGAAAUUCCCCUGCCAUAAGGUGGUGCUGGCAGCCUUCAGUCCCUAUUUCAAAGCCAUGUUUACCUGUGGCUUGGCUGAAUGCACGCAGAGAGAAGUGGUGCUGUAUGACAUCUCUGCAGAGAGUGUGUCCACAAUACUCCACUACAUGUACAGUGCAGACUUGCACCUCACCAAUCAGAAUGUGCAGACUGUUGCCUUUGCUGCCUAUUUCAUGCAGAUGGAAGAUGUUUGCAGUAUGUGUCAGAAGUACAUGAUGGACCAUAUGGAUGCUUCCAACUGUGUGGGCAUCUACUAUUUUGCAAACCACAUCGGUGCAGAAGAUUUAGCUGAUCAAGCAAGGAAAUACUUAUAUCAGCAUUUUGCUGAGGUGAGCUUACAGGAAGAAAUAUUAGAGAUUGAAUUCCAUCAGCUGUUGGCUCUCAUAAAAUCAGAUGAUCUGAAUAUUUCCAGGGAGGAGAGCAUUUUAGAUCUUGUCAUUAGAUGGGUCAAACACAGCAGAAACUCACGUGUUGAGCACCUUAUUGAGCUCCUGAAGCAAGUGAGACUGGUACUCGUCAACCCUUCCUUUCUCGUGGAAGCCCGGAAAAGGAACACAAUGAUCCUGUGCAACUCAGAAUGCAAUGAUAUGUUUGAGGAAGCACUGAAAAACAUCAAGCUAUCCUCCAGCCACCCUUCUCUCAGCCUGCGAUAUGGCAUGGAGACCACUGACCUUCUACUCUGCAUUGGCAACAAUUCUCUAGGCAUUAGGUCACGGCACGGGAACUACGCAGAUGCCAGUUUUUGUUACGCUCCUGUGACAAAGAAGACUUACUUCAUUUCCUCUCCAAAGUAUGGAGAGGGUCUAGGAUGUGUUUGCACUGGUGUUGUCACUGAGAACAAUGAUAUUAUCGUGGCAGGAGAGGCAAGUGCUGUCAAAAUGUCUAGACAAAAGACCAGGAACAUCGAGAUUUAUAGAUACCACCAGCGAGGAAACCAAUUCUGGCACAGCCUGUGCACCACCCAGCUCCGGGAACUCUAUGCGUUGGGCACCAUCCAUAAUGAUCUCUAUGUAAUAGGAGGGCAAAUGAAAGUGAAAAAUCAGUAUGUGGUCACAAACUGUGUGGAGAAGUAUUCCAUGGAGCAAGGCACCUGGAGAAGCACGGCGCCUCUGCCAGUGCCAUUAGCCUGCCAUGUGGUGGUGACAGUGAAGAAUAAGCUCUACGUGCUGGGUGGCUGGACACCACAGAUGGAUCUGCCCGACGAUGAGCCCGAUCGAUUAAGCAACAGAACGUUUCGGUACGACCCGGGCCAAGACAAAUGGACAGAAGGGACACCAAUGAAGUACUCCAAGUACCGCUUCAGCACAGCUGUAGUCAGCAGUGAGAUUUAUGUCUUGGGAGGAAUUGGGUGCCUGGGUCGUGACAGGGGACAGACACGGAAAUGUCUUGAUGCAGUGGAGAUUUAUAACCCUGAUGGAGACUUCUGGAGGGAUGGACCUCCUAUGCCUUCUCCUCUCCUCUCCUUACGAACAAACUCUACCAGCGCAGGCUCCGUGGAAGGGAAGCUGUACCUCUGUGGAGGAUUUCGUGGAGCAGCUCGUCAUGAAGUUAUCACCAAAGAGAUCCUCGAGCUGGAUACGUGGGAGAACCAGUGGAAUGUGGUGGCCAUCAACGUUCUCAUGCACGACAGCUACGAUGUCUGCCUCGUUGCUAGGCUGAACCCGCGGGAUCUUAUCCCUCCUCCCCCCGAUUUAGUGGACCAGUAGAAGUUCAGUGACUCUCAGUACUUCCAGAAUCUGCAGAAACUGAAGAAUUUGGAGAGACAAAUGCUGCAUUGGCUCUGGAUGACAGCUGAGUCCCACGGAGAGGAGCCAGCCACACGUACUUGAGGACAGAAAUGCCUUUGAGCUGUGCUUCUCAGACAAUGCUUAAUUUGCUAGCACUGGUACUCCAGACUUCUGUGAUUGAAAGUCAAGGUUGCCCGGCCUUUGUGUGUGGCUCUUCAUCUUCCAUCUGGCUGUGCAAGCUCCAGUGUUGGGCACAGCCUGGGCUUCUGGGACCCUUUGUCUCACAGGCACAGUGGCAGCCCAGGGCUCGUUUGACAGCAGAACCUGACAUAGGAAGGAAAGCUCUAGCCAGGGAAAUCUCUCCUUUGCUGUUCAUCACCUGGUUCUAUUAAGCUACCAAGGAAGUUAAGAAAAUCUCUUAAGUCAGCUGAUGAAAACUAGUUGAGCUGAACCAAAGGGCUUGACUGAUGCAGGACCAGAGGGAAAACAGAGAAGAGCCUUUGUUUUAAACAAAAAAGCAUUAGCCAGAGUUCAUUAGCCACGUACACCAGCUUCUGCAAACAGUAUCUAGCCCACAGACGGGACAGUCAAGAGAUCCUGUCUGUGCCAAAAGAGCUGAGCCUGUGCUAGUAGAAAACAAGUAUUUUGGCAAUCAGUCACAAAAAAAAAGACUUCCAGCAGGCUUAGCAGGCAGUCUGUACCAAAGGCAAGAAGAAUCCUGAAUUUUCCCAUAGAUUCUACCUGUUUUACAAGGUAUGGUGUGACCAGAACCUUAGAGCUCAGUUAGAAAAUACUCUUCUUUUGAGAGAUGGAGAAGGACUACUAAAAAGUCAUAAAGGAGAUGAUUGUUACCUGCAUAACAGCUCUGUAGUUACUGGGAAAGGAUAAAUGUGCUAAACAAUGUAUGUUUAUAUAGCAGUAGCUUUUUAUAGGAGUAGUUUUAAUGAAGUAGCAUAAGGUAAGUUCUCUGUCAACAGAAUUGCCUAUAAUCACAGGGAAGAGGUAUCGUUCAAACAGUUUUUCUUAAGGCCGUGUUAGCCUUUAUAAGGUUUGAAGACUGUAGGCUAGAGAGAAAAUUAUUACCAGUACUGCUAUCCCAUUUGAAUUACCAAUAACUAUUAGUCAUUUAUCUGCUACCUACCUGAGAGUCUAUCUGUCUGUCACCAUCUGGACAGUAUGGACAAAAGAACCAGAAAUCUCAGUUGUGCUUUUGGGCCAAAACUGUAGAUGACAGUAUGCAGCAGUGCAGAGUGAAUGUCAGAGGCAAAUACUCUGAGUAAACUAUGGUAUGGUACAAGAAUGAUCAUUGUCAGCAGGAAGUUAUUUUGAUGGCUACAAAAGCAGCAACAAAACCGAAAGGAAAUAAUUGGCAAAAGAAUGAGAGAAUCCAUCAGGUAGUUCAUCCAUUCACUUGCAGGACACUUCAGAGCAUUUCUGCUUAUGGCAGAAAGAUGGAGAGGAUGACUCAAAAGCCCUUUGCAAAUUCUGACUUUUUUGAUUCAUGAAAUAGACUCUAUAAUAUCCAGUGGGAAUAUUAAGUUGUCACAUAAAAAAAAAUUAGCAGGAAGAUCACUAAAGUGUACUUGAUACCUAUAGCAGGACACUGAAGACUGCUCAGACAACAAGGGAGUUAAUGGGGGUGAAACUAAAGCAAACAUGUAGAAAAGGAGUAAAUCUGUGUGCCUCACAGCUAACCUCACAUCUCCCUUUAUGUUUCCUAAGCAGAGUGAGUGUCACAGUCUAAACAAAUACUCGUUCUUGUAUAAUUUCUGUAUCAUUCUGUCAUUCUCUUUUCUUUCCAUUGCUCAUAUGUAGAUCAUCAACUGUCUAGAACAGAGUUGUGACAAGCAUGAACUUCAGUAGUGCAAACUAGUGACCAGUUCCUAAUGUCUUAACUACUCUGGUCACUAAAUGCAGUUGUAGGUAUAAGAUCAAGGAGGCCAACGCAGCUUCAAUAUGUUUUUGAAGAAAAUCAGUAGAAAGUUCUUCCAAUUAAUCAUUGAAUAUUGGAAACUCUUUUUUUAACUUUUGUUGUUACUGCAUAGUAAACAUAAUGUUGUUCUAAUUUAUCUGCAGAGCUCUCAUGUCAGCUGGAAGCAAGGCUCUUGAGCAUCAGUUAAGUAUUUUCUUGUGAAACUCCAAAAUCUGCGAUUGUAUCUACUGAUUUUGCUUCUUUCACCUUUUUUUGUUUAAGGAUUAAUUAUUUAAAGGGUUUUUUGUCUUUGUUCUCUGCUCUGUGGUUUAUUCUUGACAAUUCAAAUCCUCCUGUGGUUUAAAGCCUGAGUUAAUCUGCUGGAUUUCACUCUCUGAAAGACAGUCUACUUGGAAUAUUUCAAAGGGAGAAAGGAGACUUUUGCAAGAUUUCAUUAGUCAUAUUUGCACGUAUGUGGAACACAGCUGAGACUCCUAUUAAACUUUAUUCUAGUAGUGA